AUGUUUCGAGGAGAGCCACCUAUUGGGAAUGAUAUAAAUCCAGACAUUGCCGAGUACUCCUCGAUGGUGUCACUUCUUUACACUGUGGAAUUGCUUCGUGUUGAAGUUGAAGGCCUUCCAAACUCUAAAUCAUACACAGUCGAAAUCGAGGUCAUCAACGGUAAACGAGUCAUUAAGAAGAAAGUAAAAGGACCCAUUGCUACAAUUCAUGGUUCCAAAGCGGUUGCUAAGUUCACUCUUAGCACAAAGGAAAGCAAAGAACUCAAGGUAAGAUUUUGUCAGAGAGGGCAUGAUGCCGUGGUGGAUUUAUUCAUAAUUUGGCACCUAGUUUAAGAUAGGGUACAAGCGAAAGUUUAGUUUUAAAAAAUUGCCUCUAAUGAAAGGAAGAUAAAUUUUCGUAAAGCAGUUUUCAACGCGGUAUGACAUCGCUCGUAGAAAACUUUCCACGGUUGAAAGAAUGGGCACUCAGACUGGAACGGAGUUCUUAGGUUAUGUCUAAAGAAUCUAUACCCCUGGGUAAUGACAAUAAGGAUGAUGACUAUUGUUUCUUUCUUCUUUCUUAAUACAUAAAAGCAAUGUUGUGUUUAGCCUGGGACCAGGCUCCACAUUGGGAGAAAAAAGAACUGAAAAAAUCGGCGAGCGAAAAUAUUUUUCCUAUAUUUUUGUUUUUUGCCGUUUUCCCUCACUGCGCAGCCUGGUCCGGCUAUGUCAUGUUAUAAAUGUUACUUUGAGUAUCAUUGUCAACCCUUUUAAUCCCUUUUGAAAAUAGGUGCUGAUUUACCGGAAACUGUCUUGCUCCUCACCUUAUCACGCCAGCGCUAGGUACUCCCAGUUUCUGGAGUACCUUGAUCGCGUUCCUUUAAGGCUUCAACCAGUCACCCACGAGUUGCAGAUGCCUGAUCAUAAUCAGUACGUUCGAGUUACUACCGUAGCUCAUCCACCCAAGCAGGAUGGUUACUCCUUCAAAGUGAGACCACAAAACCUAUUCAGCAAUGUGGAAAAUCCCGCUCAACUUUUAAGGUCCCCGACGUUAAUCCUUUCACCGGUCUCCUUAUUUCAAUCAGCGACGGCACCGUGCGAAAUGUCAGACCAUUUGCUGUUUCAUUCCCACGGACGACCAGCGUUUGGAUGUCGAGUAAUACACUCCGCAGUACUGCAGCUCUCGUGUGUUCAGGUUAUCAACAAAGCCCAAAGAGUUGUUGGUGUGGCGUAUCUAAUCCAGGAAAACGUUCUUCCCAAGCGUGGUCAGGUCAGAAAGCCAGACAAAUGCUGCACUUUGGACGUGCAGGAAGGAGAAAGAGCUAUGCUUAUAAGAGGAAGCAAGGACUGGGGUAUUUGCAUCGGCAAAUGGCAGGGUAUUGUCAAAGGCGUUCCUAGUGUACCUGGUGUCAGUGGAACGAAAGGAACACCAGGUACUAGCGAGACACCAGCUGUCAGGGAAUACCAGGUAUAAAGGGAAAGCCAGGAACAAAAGGCCAGCCUGGAAGUCUGUCGGUCAAGUUCUUCUUCCUGACUGAAAAGCAGGAGUGGAAACGAGUUGAGAAAUGCGGAAACCAGUUUUCCAUAUAUCUUCUAGGAAAGAGGAAGAAGAUUAAUGUUGACCUAAAAACCGCUGCAAUCUCAUUUCCAGUAGAGGUGCAAGAUGUUCCCGAGGCAAUUGCACUUGGGUUUUCAAUUGCCAUUCUUCACCUUCUCUGCCAACCUUGUUACUCGCCAGAAGGGAACAAUGGCUGCUAUACUGCACCUUCAGUCGGUGAAAAUGCUCAGAUCGAGAAACCACGCAGAAUCCACAACGAAGACCUGUUGCUUGUAGUGGCUGCUGGUUAUCAUGCCAACUAUGUACCAACAAACUCGUACAUCAAGUUCACAGUUGGAGGUGGCGGUUGUGGUGGCUGUGGUGGUGGUGGUUGUGGUGGCUGUGGUGGCUGUGGCGGCUGUGGUGGCUGUGGUGGAUGCGGUGCAUGUGGAAGUUGCGGUGGAUGCGGUUAGUGAUCUUAAACUGACGAAAUUCAAAGUUUCUAGGUAACUCAGAUCAUGUAUACGAUUAGAAGGGACGCAAAAGCUAGUCUGGAAUAAGGUUUUGAAUUUUGGGGUAUCGCCUAGAAAGCCUGUCGAAUUCAAAUGUUUGAAAGGUUUGGAAUUGGGUAGGAGUUUUAACAGGAAGCCAGGACCAAAAAGCGCUCCUCAGAGAACAAUUCUUCUAACCCUAAAGAAAAAAUCUCCGAAGUACCUCCUCCAGCUUGAAUACAGCCAGGCUCUCCUGGGCGAUCGGUUUGAGUAUUAUUCGACAAAAGUAGUAAUGAUUCAGAGCUGGUUGCUCGAAGGGGUAUUAAGUCAGUCCCCUUUUUUUCUGUGGUAGCUGUAGCGGCUGUUGUGUCCGUGGUGGUUGUAGUGGCUGUGGUGGCCGUGGUGGUUCUGGUGGCUGUGGUGGUUGUGAUGGUUGUGGAGGCUGUGGAGGCUGUGGCGGUUGUGGUGGAUGUGGAGGUUGUGCUGGUCUUGGUGGUUGUUGUGGUUGUGGUGGACGUGGCGUUUGUUGUGGAUGCGGUGGAUGUGGUGAAUGA